AUGAACUUUAUUCAUGGCCUAGUCAUAAUUUAGUUAUUUUUUGAGGGUUUAUGCUUUCGAUCUUUUAAGAAUGAGUUUAAUCCAGAGAUAUUUCAACGUUAAUGUCCUGGUUCUCAUUAAUAUUGGCCAGGUAUUCAUCCUCAUAUGUGUGCAGGUAAUUGAUAUAUAUAUAUAUUUAGGUGUUCCAAGGGAUUGUGAUGGGACAACAGAACUAAAAUAGUUGAUAAUUAAUGAGGAAGAAGUUGUGUGUCAUCCAUAGAUAAAAGGAUAUAUACUUUAUGAUAAUGAUGAUACACAUUUACUGUUAGGAUGGUGGCCAUUUAUUAUGGUCUACUCUUAUGAUCAAAAUGGGAAUUUAAUUUUUACAACUGAGGAUUAAUCUAUAUUAUAUGAUUAUGGUUGCAUAAUUGGACAACAAUAUUCUGGAGUUUAUAAAUGCAUAUAUUGUAGUGGAACAAAUUAUGGUGAAAAUUGUGCAAGUUCUACUACUGCACUUUGUAAAAAUAUUAAUUAAUUUGAAAGAAUGCGGUCAAUAUUGUAAAACAUGUGAUUCUACCAAUACGAAAUGUGCUACAUGUAUUGAUGGUCAUUCUAAAUUAAGUAGUACUGAUUAUAAAUGUUCAUUAGGUAGAUUAUUAUUAUUAUUAUUAUUAGCAUGUUAAGUAGGUCAUAAAACUUGUUAAAAAAGUGGAACUACUUAUACAUUCAAUGGUUGUAUUGAUGGUUAUGAAUUAAAAAAUGGACAAUGCAUUUGUAUGAUAUUUAUUUCUAUAUUUAGAAUGUCCAAGUAAUUGUAAAAUUUGUAAUUCAGGAGUUUGUUCAUAGUGUAUGUGGCCGUAUUCUUUAGAAAAUUCUUUAUGUUUUGAAGAUAGGAAUUGCAUGAAAUAUGAUUAUGUAUAUGAUUCUUAAGCAAAACCAAUUGGUACUAAUUGUCAAUAAUGUGAUGUUGGAUAUUUUAAAAAAGGAACUCGAUGUGCUUGUAAUAAUAUCAUUAAUUAUCAUAGCUUGUUAAGAGUAACCAGGAUUAGAAAAAUGUUUUAUUUGUGAUAAUGCUAAUGAAUGUAAAGGUUGUUUUGCAACACACUAUUUAACUCCUAAUAAAAAGUGUGCUCUUUAUACUGGUACAUGCAAUUUACCUUGUCAAACUUGUUUAGUAACAGAUGCCAAUUAUUGUACAACCUGUUUUUAUCAGAAGAAACUAACCGCAAGAAUUGUUCCAGGAAAAUGUGUUUGUGAUUAACUUGCUGGAUAUGCUGAUUUAAAUGGAGUAUGUCUUCUUUGCAAAACUGGAUUAUGUUUAACAUGCACUUUAAAAUUUGAAGAAUGUACAUCUUGUGAUCCUUUACUAAAAAGAGGUCUUGUUGGAAACAAGUGUUCAUGUCUAUAAGGAUACUAUGAUACUGGAUUAGAAGAUAAAAUUUGUUAAAGUAUAAAUAAAAAAUGAAAAAUUAUAGAAUGUUAACUUUCAUGUUAUAAUUGUUCAGGACCAUAUGAUACAGAUUGUACUGAUUGUGGAGAUCCAAAUAUUUAUUACAAAUAAUUGAUUAGUGGAUAAUGUAUUUGCGCUUAACGAACAAUUGCAAUCAACUAAAGUGAUGGAUAAACAUUAUGUCAACGUAAAUAUAUUGUAAAGAAUUUAGCUUGUCAUCCAAGAUGUGAAAAAUGUUAAUUCCCAUAUGAUAAUUCUUCAAAUCAAUAUUGCACUAUGUGUAUAGCAGGACAAUAUAGAGUUGUCUCUGAUGAUUUUAAAUGUAUUUGUAAAAAUGGAUAUGGAGACGAUGACAUUGUGGAUAUAUGUUUUAGUACAUUUAAUAUGAUAUUUUUAAGAAUGUCAUUAUUCAUGUUUAAGUUGCAAUGGACCUCUAUCUACUAAUUGCACUUCAUGUUCUAGUGAUACAAAUCGGCAUUUAACUUCGAAUAAUGAAUGUUAAUGUAAUUUAGCUUACUAUGACACUGGGAAAAAUGAUAUAGUUUGUUAUUGUAAUAAGAAUAAAAUACAAUAUUUUAGUUGGUUGUCAUCACUCUUGUGUAAAUUGUAUUAGUGAAGGAGAAGAUAAGUGUACAAGUUGUCCAUCUACCAGAUAUUCAGAUAGAAUUGGUUCAACAUUUAAAUGUUUGUGCAAGGAUCCACACUAUUAUAGUGAUGAAUUUUCAUUAGAAUGUUUAGAAUGCCAUUUUACUUGUAAAACAUGCAAUGGAGUUAAAGAAACAAAUUGUUUAACUUGUGAUUUAAACUAUAGAUAACUCAUAAUAUCUAAAUGUGAUUGUCCAUAUGGAUACUAUGAUAUAGGUUAAUUACAAUGCUAAUGUAUUAUUUUAAAUAUAAUUUUAGAAUGUUAUUACACAUGCAAGACCUGCUUUGGAACUUAGAUUAAUAAUUGCAUAACAUGUUCAAAUGAAACCAAUAGAAUAGUUAAAGCAAAUAAAUGUGUAUGUAAGGAUGGCUAUUUAGAAAAAUAAUUUGGUGAUUAAAUAUGUUAAAGUAAAUAUUUCUUUAAAACUUAGAAUGCUCAUAUAGAUGUUCCUCUUGCACUGUAGCAUUAGAUCGAUGUGAUAAAUGUCCAGAUUCAUCAUUUAGAGAUCUUGGAGUUGAUAAUUCCUGUUUGUGUCCUCCUAGAACUUAUGAUUAGCCUGGUAAUCCAAUAUGCAUAAGUACUAAUUAAUUUUAGAUUUAGUUUGUCAUAAUACUUGCUUAACAUGUAAUGGUAAUUAAUCAAAUUAAUGUACUUAAUGCAAUCCUUUAACUGGAAGAUAAUUAAAUGAUAAAGGCGAAUGCAUAUGUGCUUUAUAAUAUUUUGAUGACGGACAAUCUUAAUGUUUAGGUAUUAAUUUUGAUUAAUAAUUUAUAAGCCUGUAGUUCUUUAUGUCUAUAAUGUAAAUCUUCUGCAGAUAAUUGUACAUAAUGUCAGUCUGAUAAAUAUUUAAACGGAAAUACUUGUGCAUGCAAAACAAAACUUUAAGGCUUAUCAAUAUCUACAUAUCUGAGUUCAACUAAAUAACAAUGUCAACGUAAUCAUAUUCAAAUUAAAAUAGCCUGUCAUUAUACUUGUUUGACAUGUACUGGACGCUUAUCUUUAGAAUGUGAUUCUUGUUUGGAUGUUGAUAAUAGAUAUCUAUAAGGUACAACUUGCAUUUGUAAAACAAAUCACUUUGAUGUAGGAACAGCUAAAUGCGUUUGUAAUAUUUAACAUUUAUAUUAGAAUGUAAUUAUAGAUGUCAAACUUGUGCAGUAUUAGAUACUUUAUGUUUAACUUGUCCUCCUUUAAGUUUUAGAGUAUUAGUUAAUUCCUAAUGUUAAUGUCAACCAGGUUAUUAUGAUAAUGGAAUAAAUUCUAUUUGUUAGAGUAAUUAAAAAUUUAAUCCUUUAGAAUGUCAUUAUUCAUGUUUAACUUGUUCUUAAAUAGCAACAAAAUGUGAAACAUGUUCAGCAUAAUGGAAAAGGUCAUUUAACAAUAUUUUAAAUUCUUGUCUUUGUUAUGAUAAUUAUUUUGAUAUUGGAGUUGAAAUUUGCUAAUAAUGUCAUUAUUCCUGUUUGAAUUGUUAAGGAUAAGAUUCAAAUUAAUGUAAGACAUGCAUUGAUUAGAAUGUUUCAUUUAGGGUAUUCAAUGGAGGAAUAUGUUAAUGUCUUAUAGGUUAUUAUGAUGAUGGAAUAUCUGUUAUUUGUAAAAAAUGUUAGAUUUAAUGCACAACUUGUAAGACUUAAUCAUAUUUCUGUACAUCAUGUCCAAUUACACGACAUUUGAAUGGAAAUAAAUGUGAUUGUGAUUCAAGUUAUUAUGAAGCUGGACUAGAAUAAUGUCUUAAGUGUAAUUAAAAUUGUGUAGAUUGUACUACUUCUUCUACUAAUUGUACUAAAUGUGAUUCGUCUUAAUUAAAAAGUUUAGACAAUCUUACUCGAAUAUGUUUAUGUUAAAUAGGCACAACCGAUAUUAAUGGUAUUUGUUAAUACUGUGAUAACUCUUGUUAGACAUGUUUGAAUUCCCUCACUAAUUGCACAUCUUGUAGUUUAAUGAAAUAAUUAUAAAAUAAUAAAUGCAUUUGUAUAGAUGGUACAUAUGAAACAGGGAUUGAUAAAAAAUGUUUACCUUGCAAUUAAACAUGUAAGACAUGUUUCAAUAAAGAAAAUUAUUGUUUAACUUGUUCAGCAGAUAGUUUUAGAAUCUUUAAAGCUGGAAAUAUAUGUGUUUGUCAAAAUGGAUAUUUUGAAAAUUCAUCUAAUUAAUGUAUAUCUUGUGAUUAAUCUUGUCUUACUUGCUAAGGUAGUUCUACAUAUUGUUUAUCAUGUGAUCCUGCUUUUAAUUUAUAAUUAAGUAAUUAAAAUAAAUGCAUUUGUAAGUCUAGUUAUUAUUUUAAUAUUGCCUCUAAAAAAUGUGAAAGUAAAUGAUUUAUAAGAUAAAAAUAGAUUGUAAUGUUACAUGUAAGGAAUGUCAAAAUGUAUAAAAAUGUAUUGAAUGUGAACCAAUUAGUAGAUUUUAUGAUCCAGAUAAUUUUAAAUGUUUAUGUAAAGAUGGUUAUUAUGAAACAAAUGAAAAAAUGUGUUAAUGUAAUUAUAAUAAUAUUUAUAAAUAGUAUGUGAUUUGAGUUGUAGAACAUGUAUAAAUUAAAAAAUAAAUUGUUUAACAUGUGAAUCAUUAUAUUUUAGAUUGUUCAAUAAUAAUACUAAUUAAUGUCUUUGUUUAGAUGGUUACUAUGAUGUUGGUAUUGAAAUGUGUUAAAAAUGUAAUAAUUUAUGUAAAACUUGUUAAUAAAUAUCAACUAAAUGUUUAUCUUGUUAUGAAAAUGAAUAAAUAAGAAUAUUAAAUAAUAAUUAAUGUUAAUGUAAAUCUGGAUAUUUUGAUAAUGGAUAAUUAAUAUGUGAAAGUAAUUAUUAUUAUUUAUUUAUUUAUUAAUUUUAGAAUGUUCUAAAUCUUGUUUAACAUGUUAAGGAAAAAAUGAUUAUUGUACUAGUUGUGAUAUCAAUUUAAAUAGAAUAGAUUAAUCACCAAUUCAUAAAUGUCCAUGUUAAACUAAUUUCUAUUAAGAUUAAAAUGAAAUUUGUUAAAGUAUAUUUAUUAUAUAUAUUAGAAUGUCAUAUUAAAUGUUCUGGAUGUAUAUCAUAAAAAGAUAAAUGUAUAAGUUGUAAAACAUCAAGUACAUCUAAUAGAUUAUCAAUUACAUAAAAUUGUGAUUGUAUUGAUGGAUAUUAUGAUGAUGGUGUUUAAUUUUAAUGUUAAAAAUGUAGUUAUUAAUGUAAAACAUGUACACAAUCCCCAUAAAAUUGUUUAUUAUGUCUUAGUAAUUUAAGAGAAAUAAUUCCUACAUGUAAUUGCAAAUCUGGAUAUUUUUAAAAUGAAUAAUAAACAUGUGAAUGUAUUUAUAUUCUAUUAUUAAUAUAGAAUGUGAAAAUCAAUGUAAUACAUGUGAAAAAUUAUCAUAUAAUUGUACAAGUUGUAAAGGUAUUAGAAUAAAUAAAACUUGUGAUUGUUUAGAUGGAUAUUUUGAAGCAGGAUAACCUGAUUGUAUAAGUAAUCCUUAUUAAUUAAUAUUUAUAGAAUGUGAUUUUUAAUGUUUAACAUGUAAAGGAAAUCAAUCUUAUUGUUUAUUAUGUAAAGGUGAUCGUAUUAAUAUUCCAUUUUGUAAUUGUUAAGAUGGAUAUUAUGAUGAUUUCUAAAGUCUUGAUUGUUAACNUCUAAAAAAUGUGAAAGUAAAUGAUUUAUAAGAUAAAAAUAGAUUGUAAUGUUACAUGUAAGGAAUGUCAAAAUGUAUAAAAAUGUAUUGAAUGUGAACCAAUUAGUAGAUUUUAUGAUCCAGAUAAUUUUAAAUGUUUAUGUAAAGAUGGUUAUUAUGAAACAAAUGAAAAAAUGUGUUAAUGUAAUUAUAAUAAUAUUUAUAAAUAGUAUGUGAUUUGAGUUGUAGAACAUGUAUAAAUUAAAAAAUAAAUUGUUUAACAUGUGAAUCAUUAUAUUUUAGAUUGUUCAAUAAUAAUACUAAUUAAUGUCUUUGUUUAGAUGGUUACUAUGAUGUUGGUAUUGAAAUGUGUUAAAAAUGUAAUAAUUUAUGUAAAACUUGUUAAUAAAUAUCAACUAAAUGUUUAUCUUGUUAUGAAAAUGAAUAAAUAAGAAUAUUAAAUAAUAAUUAAUGUUAAUGUAAAUCUGGAUAUUUUGAUAAUGGAUAAUUAAUAUGUGAAAGUAAUUAUUAUUAUUUAUUUAUUUAUUAAUUUUAGAAUGUUCUAAAUCUUGUUUAACAUGUUAAGGAAAAAAUGAUUAUUGUACUAGUUGUGAUAUCAAUUUAAAUAGAAUAGAUUAAUCACCAAUUCAUAAAUGUCCAUGUUAAACUAAUUUCUAUUAAGAUUAAAAUGAAAUUUGUUAAAGUAUAUUUAUUAUAUAUAUUAGAAUGUCAUAUUAAAUGUUCUGGAUGUAUAUCAUAAAAAGAUAAAUGUAUAAGUUGUAAAACAUCAAGUACAUCUAAUAGAUUAUCAAUUACAUAAAAUUGUGAUUGUAUUGAUGGAUAUUAUGAUGAUGGUGUUUAAUUUUAAUGUUAAAAAUGUAGUUAUUAAUGUAAAACAUGUACACAAUCCCCAUAAAAUUGUUUAUUAUGUCUUAGUAAUUUAAGAGAAAUAAUUCCUACAUGUAAUUGCAAAUCUGGAUAUUUUUAAAAUGAAUAAUAAACAUGUGAAUGUAUUUAUAUUCUAUUAUUAAUAUAGAAUGUGAAAAUCAAUGUAAUACAUGUGAAAAAUUAUCAUAUAAUUGUACAAGUUGUAAAGGUAUUAGAAUAAAUAAAACUUGUGAUUGUUUAGAUGGAUAUUUUGAAGCAGGAUAACCUGAUUGUAUAAGUAAUCCUUAUUAAUUAAUAUUUAUAGAAUGUGAUUUUUAAUGUUUAACAUGUAAAGGAAAUCAAUCUUAUUGUUUAUUAUGUAAAGGUGAUCGUAUUAAUAUUCCAUUUUGUAAUUGUUAAGAUGGAUAUUAUGAUGAUUUCUAAAGUCUUGAUUGUUAACAAUGUGAUCCAAAUUGUAAAACUUGUAAUCUAGAGGGAUGUUUAAUUUGUAAUGGAAAUAGGGUAUUAUCAGAAGAAAAAACUUGUGAUAGUCCUUAAAAUUCAGUUAGUCAUCCAGAAACACCAUGGUGUUCAAGUAAAUGAAUUUUAUUAAUAUUUAUAGCUUGUGAAGUUGCUGUUUUGGAUAUUCGUUUUUCUGAUGAUUUACUUUCAAUCAAAGUGUUAUUUGAUUUUAAUUUGAAUCCAAAUUAUUUUUCANUAUAUUUUAGAUUGUUCAAUAAUAAUACUAAUUAAUGUCUUUGUUUAGAUGGUUACUAUGAUGUUGGUAUUGAAAUGUGUUAAAAAUGUAAUAAUUUAUGUAAAACUUGUUAAUAAAUAUCAACUAAAUGUUUAUCUUGUUAUGAAAAUGAAUAAAUAAGAAUAUUAAAUAAUAAUUAAUGUUAAUGUAAAUCUGGAUAUUUUGAUAAUGGAUAAUUAAUAUGUGAAAGUAAUUAUUAUUAUUUAUUUAUUUAUUAAUUUUAGAAUGUUCUAAAUCUUGUUUAACAUGUUAAGGAAAAAAUGAUUAUUGUACUAGUUGUGAUAUCAAUUUAAAUAGAAUAGAUUAAUCACCAAUUCAUAAAUGUCCAUGUUAAACUAAUUUCUAUUAAGAUUAAAAUGAAAUUUGUUAAAGUAUAUUUAUUAUAUAUAUUAGAAUGUCAUAUUAAAUGUUCUGGAUGUAUAUCAUAAAAAGAUAAAUGUAUAAGUUGUAAAACAUCAAGUACAUCUAAUAGAUUAUCAAUUACAUAAAAUUGUGAUUGUAUUGAUGGAUAUUAUGAUGAUGGUGUUUAAUUUUAAUGUUAAAAAUGUAGUUAUUAAUGUAAAACAUGUACACAAUCCCCAUAAAAUUGUUUAUUAUGUCUUAGUAAUUUAAGAGAAAUAAUUCCUACAUGUAAUUGCAAAUCUGGAUAUUUUUAAAAUGAAUAAUAAACAUGUGAAUGUAUUUAUAUUCUAUUAUUAAUAUAGAAUGUGAAAAUCAAUGUAAUACAUGUGAAAAAUUAUCAUAUAAUUGUACAAGUUGUAAAGGUAUUAGAAUAAAUAAAACUUGUGAUUGUUUAGAUGGAUAUUUUGAAGCAGGAUAACCUGAUUGUAUAAGUAAUCCUUAUUAAUUAAUAUUUAUAGAAUGUGAUUUUUAAUGUUUAACAUGUAAAGGAAAUCAAUCUUAUUGUUUAUUAUGUAAAGGUGAUCGUAUUAAUAUUCCAUUUUGUAAUUGUUAAGAUGGAUAUUAUGAUGAUUUCUAAAGUCUUGAUUGUUAACAAUGUGAUCCAAAUUGUAAAACUUGUAAUCUAGAGGGAUGUUUAAUUUGUAAUGGAAAUAGGGUAUUAUCAGAAGAAAAAACUUGUGAUAGUCCUUAAAAUUCAGUUAGUCAUCCAGAAACACCAUGGUGUUCAAGUAAAUGAAUUUUAUUAAUAUUUAUAGCUUGUGAAGUUGCUGUUUUGGAUAUUCGUUUUUCUAAUGAUUUACUUUCAAUCAAAGUGUUAUUUGAUUUUAAUUUGAAUCCAAAUUAUUUUUCCUCUUAGUUUUAAGAGAAUGUUUGUUAUAAAUUUUUAGCCGAUGAAACUAUUAAAUUAUUAGGAAAGAAUCCUAAUUGUAAAUUAGAUUAGGAAAAUUAUAAAUAAUUAAUAUUGAAUUUAGGUGUUAAUGCUGCAAUACUUCCAGGAGAUUCAAUUAUAUUUAUUGACUCUUAUUUUGGCCAUAAAGAUUGCUCAAGCAAAUUAAAUUUAUUUGUUUUAAAUAAAGUUUAAAGUCCUCUUAACCCAGUAUCACCUUUAAUAUCAUAUGAUAUACCUCAAUAUUUACUUAAUCCCUGUGAUGAUAACACCAUUUUAAUAAGUUAAAAAACAAAUGAUGGCCUAAGAAGUUUAAUAAACAUAGCAUGGUCUUAUUAAGUAGAAGGGUAAAAUGGUAAUGGUAAUCUAAAAGAAUUAGUUUAACAUUAAACUAAUCUAUAACUAUUAGAUCUAGUCAUUCCAAUUUAAACCCUUCCGAAACAAUCAAAAAUAACAUUCUUUGUUGAAUUUCAAAAUUUUAUUAAUUAAAAAGGGUAGUAAUAAAUUUAAGUUUAAACACAUUCUGGACAAUUACCAACUGUACUUUGGUUAGGUAAGAAAUAUUAUUAUACUUUUGAAAUAAUUGAUUUAUAGUUUACAAUCUAGAAAAAAUCAUGUACUAAUUCAACUUAAAGUUAGAAUGAUAAGUCUUAAUAUUCUGUAUCAUUAGUUGAAAUUUAUAGGAAUAAUUCUAAUUCUAGACCAUCAAGAGUAGAUGUUUCAUAAAUAAUAAAUGAAAGUACUUUUUAAGUGACAAUCUUAAAAUAUACAUUAUCCCCUAAAACUGCAUAUACAUUCUUAAUGGAAACUAAGGAACCCUAAACCACUUUUUCGUUUUCUCAAAACAUAACCAUUCAAAUAACUCCAGGAGGUCUACUAUGCUAAUUUUUUGGCAUUAAUAAGAUUCAAAAUUAUCAAAAGGAUUCUACUAUAAAUAUUUAAUGUAAAGAUCUUGAUACUUAAUAUCAAUGGAAUGAAGACUAAGAAAUUACAAUCGAAGUUAGCUGUGCUGACUUAACACAAAAUAGCCCUUGCAAAGAUAUGAAUAACAAGAUCAUUGAAAUAAACAAAACAGACUCUAUUUAAAUUAUCCCCAAACUAACUGUUAAGCCGUAUUCUAUAUGGUCAUGGACUGUUUUAGCAACAAAAUAAUCAUAUCAAUAAUAAUUUAAAUAAAAUAUAGUAUUUUUGGAUAAUGAUUUCAAAAUACUUGAUGUUUAAUAUAGCAAAGGAUAUACAAUAAGACCAAUCAACAAUUAUGAAACAUUGCAAUUCAUCUUUAAUAUUCCUUUUGAAGAUAGAUAUUAUUUACUAUAAUAUGAGAUUGCCAUUAUAUAUAAUUUUGAAUUAAUUAAGAUACUCGAACCAUAAUAUUAUUAAUAUCAUUUAAGAUUAUUUGAUCAUUAUUAAUAGUUCAACAAGGGAUAUUAAUUUAAUUUAAAAUUUUUAGCUCAAUUUACAAAUGAUAUUAUACCUAGCUAAUACGAUUUAUAGUUAACUUUGAAUCAACCUCCAAUCUGCUCUAUAAAAUUAGAAUUAUAAAGUGUCUAAGCUUUAUAAGCGAAUACAAUUGCAGUUAGUUGCGAAAAAUCAGAUGAUUCUCCAUAUACUUAUCAAUUAAGAUAUUUCUUGAAGAAUUAAGAUUAUAAGGAUUUCUAAAAUUAAUUAUCUGAUUAUUCUUUGAUUCUAAAUACAUUUUCAAAAUCUAAUUCUUUUGAUACUUAUUUACCUUAAAGUGAAGGAAUUGCAUUAAUAUAAAUUAUGGAUUCUAGAGGAUCAAUGGCAAAUAUUGAAUAGUAUCUGAAUAUCACCGAAUUUAAAUUUAAUUGCUCUGAUUUUCUAAUGCAGAAUUUAGUUUAUAAAAAAUAAAUAAUGUUGUUAUUAGAAGUCAUGAUGAAUCAUUAUGAUUAAUCUGAUUGUGUGAAAAUUUCAGAAUAAUUACUUGAAUAGAUUAAGAGUUAUAUAGAUUCAGAGGCUCUAUUUGAUUAAUUAUUGGCUCUUCAGACAAUAAAACUAUAUAAGAGAUUUAUGUUAGAUUUCAAUAAUUUACCUUCUAUUUCAAAGAGAAAAUUAACUGAAAUUGAUUUGGAAAGUUGCUAUGAUAAUAAGACAAAAUUAAUAUUAAUUAAUCAUUCUGAAGUUAAAAAGUAUUCAUCAAAUGAUAUAAAAACUUUUGAAUAAGAACUUUCAAAAAUAAAAAAUUUUUACAAAAACAUUAUUUUAGAAAAAUAAAAUAUUGAAAUUCAGAUCAAAUAAAAUGAUAUCUUUAUAAAUGAAUUACUAUUUUAAUCAAAAGAAUAAAUUUCAAAUUCAUUAGCUGCUAUUAUUCUAUUUGUUGAUGAUCUUUUAAAAAAAAUAUCUGACACAUCUUUAAUAUCUGAUCAAGAUAAAAACUCAAUAAUUACUUUAUCAGAACAAUCUAUUAAUCUAAUAGAUGAAAUUGGAACCAAUCUAAGUGUAUAAGCACCAGUUAAUGGUUAAAGAUUUAUAUUAGAGGGUUAAAAAAUAAAAUUUCAAUUAGCCAGAAUAACUAAAGAUGUUUUCAAUUAAUAAUAAGGCUUAGAAAAAGACUUAGUGGAUGGUUUAAUAGUAUUUGUUUAAAAAGAAUAAUUAGAUAUACGUUUCAAUUAUUUAAAUAUCUCUAAUAAACAUUUACAAGAAAUAAAAACAUUUUUUAACUAUUCUAAAAUUGAAAUUGAGCAGAAUUAUUACACAAAAACCAAAUUACAAAACUACCUUUACUAAAAUUAGUUUAUUGGUUAUGAAAAAUUACAGAAGGAUUAUCUUGUUGAUUUCACUUAAUACCCAUAUUGUGUAGAUACAUCUUUACCUGCCUAUAAUUUUUAAUGUGUUUAGUAUAAUGAAAAGGGUUCACUAUCAUAGUGUAAUUUAAUAAUUUCUGAAAAUAAUAGUAAUAAAUCUAUCUCAGCUUCUUGUUAAUGUUCUGAAUUAGGAAUUAUAUUUUUAACAAGAUUUUAAAAUUAAUCAGAAAAUGAAUAAGAAUUAAUCAAUAUUUCUAAAAUGAAUGAAAAUAAGGAUUCCAUGUGUAAUUUAAGUUAAUAAGCUUAUAUUUUAUUUCAUGGAAUUUAUGUAGUAUUUACAUUUUUCAUGUAUUAUGAAUUACAAAAAUUUGAGAAACCAUUGAAAAUUUAAUCAAAUACAGGUACUGAAUAAUCUUGUAGUGCAACUGAUCAAAUAGCAAAGAAUCUAACUAAACGUAAUAAAUAUAAAACUAUUAAAAGAAUUUUUUAAUUUUCUAUAAAAGUAAUUAUAUGAAAUAUGUUAGUUUAUACAUGAAAUAAUGUGUCUAUUUUAUUGUGAUGACUAAAUUAUGAAAAAAAGUUAUAGAUUCUUAAAACUGUCCACUUUUUUAAGUAUUUUAAUUCCUUUGUCAUUUUUUGAAACUUUGUUUAUCCAAAAAGUACCUUGGAUUUCUAUUUUUAUUUUGAUCUUAAAUUACUUAAUAUUGCAACUUCUAAGAAUAGUUUUUAAGAUAUUUGAAUCGAUUUAUAGAUUUUAAGGCAUAUUUAAGAUUAUUAUAAUAACUUUGUAUUUUAUAAUCCAUUUAUUGUCUUAUUUUCUAUUUAUUUAUUAAUACAAUAAAAGGUAAGCAUUUUAAAUAUUUUAGAAAUGAAUGUUCUCUAGAAUUAAAUUAUAAUAUGUCAAUCUUAAUAGGAGGUACUGUUUUAUUAAGUUAUGUUAUCUUGGACCCUAUAGUUAUUUACAUGAGAGUUUUAAUUUACAAAUAUAUCAACUCAAUAAAUCAAUAAUAAGGAUUCAAUCCAUUGAGCCAAUUAAUAUACUUUUUUAUUUAGCAUUAUAAGUUGGAUCAGAUUUUUAAGGAUUUCAUCGAAUUAUGA